AUGAGGGGGAUGGCGGGACUCUGCCUGCUGCUUCUCUGGGGCGGCUUGUCGCGGGGGCACGCAGGGCUGCGCGUUUACUUGAGCAGCUGGGCUGUGCGCGUGCCCGGGGGCGUGCGAGAAGCCCGGAGCCUGGCGCGCAAGCAUGGCCUGCUCUACCUGGGCCAGGUGAUUGAAGGGAGAGAUUAUUACCACCUUGAACACAGAGGUAUAAAACGACAGUCUUUAAAUCCACACUGGGGUUGGCACGUACGUCUGAAAAAGGAGCCUGUGGUCCAUUGGCUUGAGCAGCAGACUUUAAAGAGACGGUCACGGAGAACUAUUACAGUGGUGCCCACAGACCCAUGGUUCCAGAGACAGUGGUAUAUGAACAACGAUGUGACUCCAGACCUCAAUGUUCUGGCUGCCUGGAGCAGAGGCUACACCGGCUUGGGGGUAGUGGUGAGCAUUUUGGAUGACGGCGUUGAGAAAGACCAUCCCGACUUAACAGGCAAUUAUGAUCCUGCAGCGAGUUACGAUUUUAACAGCAAUGAUCCAGACCCCCAGCCACACUAUGAUGCCUGGGAUCAAAAUCGGCACGGUACUCGCUGUGCGGGAGAAGUGGCGGCUGCUGCCAACAAUGGCGUUUGUGGAACUGGUAUUGCAUUUAGAGCGAAAAUUGGGGGCGUGAGGAUGCUGGAUGGGCCUGUGACAGAUAUCGUGGAAGCCCGGUCCUUGAGUUUCCAUCCCCAGCACAUCGACAUAUAUAGUGCCAGCUGGGGCCCAGAGGAUGAUGGGAAAACGGUAGAUGGCCCAGGGACUCUGGCCCUGGAAGCCUUCUACAAUGGGAUCGUCAACGGCCGUGGCGGACUGGGAUCGCUCUUUGUCUGGGCCUCCGGCAAUGGUGGUCACCGUUACGACAACUGCAACUGUGAUGGUUACACAAACAGCAUCUAUACUUUGUCAGUGGGCAGCACUACCGAGAGUGGCCGGGUCCCCUGGUACAACGAGGCCUGCGCGUCCACCCUGACUACCACCUACAGCAGCGGGGCAAAGGCAGAAAAGCAGAUUGUAACAACAGACCUACGGCACAGAUGCACCGACAAGCACACGGGCUCCUCUGCCUCCGCCCCUCUUGUCGCCGGUAUGAUCGCUCUUGCUCUGGAGGCCAACCCAGCAUUGACCUGGCGGGACAUGCAGCAUCUCGUGGUGAGAUCAUCCAAGCCAGCUCACCUGCAGGCGCCCGACUGGGCUGUGAAUGGAGUAGGACGGAAAGUGAGUCACCAUUACGGAUAUGGGCUCUUAGAUGCUGGACUGCUGGUGGAUCUGGCCAAAAAGUGGACACCAACUCGGCCCCAGCAAAACUGUUCCAUCAAUGUUAUCCACAAGCCACUGACAGUCGGCUCAAGGCUAUCCAUCUCCACCAAUGCCUCUGCCUGCCAUGGGAAAAAAGCUGAGAUUCUCUCCCUAGAGCAUGUCCAGGUACAGCUUUCACUCAGCUACAGCCGGAGAGGAGAUUUAACCAUCACGUUGACCAGUCCAGUGGGGACUAAAUCCACCCUAGUGGCUGUCAGGCCUUAUGAUACUAGUAGUGACGGGUACAAUGACUGGUCCUUUAUGUCCACACAUUACUGGGAUGAAGACCCUCGUGGCGUUUGGACCCUUCUGCUGGAGAACAAGGGAGAUGCAUACAACACAGGUGUCCUCACCCACUUUGUGUUGAAGUUGUACGGGACAGAUGAGGACAUGUCAGCCAGGAGAACUGCUGCCUUGGUGGUGAGCGAGUGCGUGAGGCGAGACGAGGACGGGACAUGCCAGGAGUGCACCAGCCCGUUCUACACUUUUCGCCACCUGUGCCUCUCCUACUGCCCGCCCAGGUAUUACAACCAUUCUCAUCAUUCACGCGAUCCCAGUGGAACUACCCGCACGGUCCAAGCAUGUUCUGCCUGUCAUUCCUCAUGCUACACGUGCCAAGGAGGAACAGCCGAUAACUGUACGGCCUGCCCACCCUUCAGUGCCUACAAUAAGCGCACCUGUUCCCAGCCACUGCGCACCUACCUGUCCCAUGGCGGAAGCCUUUUUCAGGGACCCCAGCGCCUUCUGCUCUUGAUUGUGGUGGUCUUGCUGUGCGUGGGCCCUGUUCUUGCUGGCAUCCUCUGCCUGGCGUACCGCUUGCUGCUCGUGGGCCUGUGGCGGAAGAAGCACGUCCUCACUUCUGGUUCAGAGGCUGCUGGCUUGGAACUGGUCCGCUGCAGCCACGGUGAAUCAGUGGAUCAGACGAAGGAAAUGGGACAGAGGCUUCUUCCAUGAAGCCCUGACUGCGGUCUCUCCUCUCCUCUCCAGAAAUAGCCAAAUGCAACUUGUAUUGUUAUUUUAAUCUCCCUAAAUUAAUAAACAGCCGAC